GGAAAGGGAAGCAAAAUCCGUUCAGUUCAAUUCCCUCCCCGGCAAAUCACUCUCAUUUGGCCAAUCAAUUGAAAACGGAACCCUUUUCUCCGGUUUCGUAGCUCGGCCUCCCUGUUCACUUCAGCUCCUCAGGCUGCGAACAAGAAUAUAGAGCUGAAAGCAACCGAAAGACGGCGAAUAUCCGCUUUGUCAGAGUCCUUUUCUCCCGCUGUUUGGCUACUCUCUUCUGUUCUACGUUAGGAACUCAUUGUGAUCUGCUUUAUUUUCACUCCAAUGACAAAGAAGAGUUCUAAAAAGACCCCACGUCCUGCUGUGGAAGAGCAAAAACCAUCUUCAGCACAGAAGAAACAAGGCAGCGAGAUUGAUGAGAUAUUUGCAGGAAAGAAAAGGAAGAAAUCUGAAGUAGAAAAAACUGAAAAAUCUGAAGAUGUAACUAAGAGACCUAAGAAAACAAAGAAGAAUGUGAAGAACAAAACCAAAAGGUCAGAUGCUGGAGACUUUGCAGGUCCACCUUCUCGACCUAGAAAGACAACAGAGGAUGGACUUGCCAUCUAUACUGAAGACGAGUUGGGCAUUGACAAAGCAGAUGCUGGGAACACCCCACUCUGUCCAUUCGAUUGCUCCUGUUGCUUUUGAUGGUAGCAAUCAUGAUUUUCCUCUGAUAUUUGGUAAUACAUUUUUGGAUCUAUACGCCAGGGCCUUGGCAGUCUGGCGCACAGCUUUUAGACCUGAACCAAAUUUCUUGAUUACUUCUAAGAUGAGCUUGACCUUUUUAAUUAUAGUUCUAGAUGUGAUUUCUAUUAAAAUUAUGUAGUGUAUUAAUUGUUAUUUUAUUAUUAACAAGAAGAUAUUUGGGUGCUUCAAUCCUGUGACAAUGUGGAUCUGUUGUAUUUUUAAAAGUUUACAUGAUUAUACCAUACCUGUCGGUUUCAA